AUGACCCAAAUCCUCAUUCAAAACGUUCGUGUCUUUGAUAACGAGACUAUCUUGGAGCCGAGUGAUAUUGUCAUCACUCGGUCCGCCGGAGACAUACAGAGCCCCAUGAAUGACGGCUCUGCGGUCGAGACUUUCGACGUCGUCGUUGACGGGCAAGGGUGCACACUGAUUCCCGGCUUCAUAGACACCUACGCCAACAUCAGGGGCGCCAACGCCGCCCUCGGCACCUUCGCAUCGCACGGCGUCACGACCGUCAUCGACUCGAGCAGCAACACCCAGCAAUGCCAGGCCCUGCGCAUAUACGCCGCCGGCCGCACGAGGUUGCCAACCGUCUUCACCUGCGGGACCGCGGCGGUGCUAGCACGGGAUCCUCAACCAUACAUCCACGACAACCAGGACGAGGUGGUCAUACGCACGACUGAAGAAGCUGUGGCCUUUGCCGCCGCGAGAGCGAGCGGUCCGGACCGCGCCGACUUCAUCAAGGUCGUCGUCGACCUUCAUUCUCCUCCCAACGACUCCCUCCUCAAGGCCAUCGUCGACGCCGCCCACGCCCAUAACAAGCUGACCAUCGCCCGCACCACCGGCAGAGCGUCUUACGAGCGCGCCAUGCGCGCCGGCUUCGACGUCUUCGCCCACGCACCGCUCGACGCGCCCCUCGACCCCGCACUGGCACGAGAGAUGGCCGCCCGAGGGAAAGUCUUCGUGCCGACGCUGAGAAUGAUGCGGACAUGCGCGACGCCAGACGGAGUCGAUGGAGUUGACGGAGGAGAAGCACACCCGCUGCCGUCCGGGCCGCCUAGCUUCCCUUUCCGAGGCCUCUAUGGCCGCACCCCGCGAGACGAUAACAACAAUGCCUCCUCUGCUGCUGCUGACGCCGGGUCUCGGCAGCACAGCAGACCGGGCGCCAUGCCGGGCGACGGCUACGACAACGCGGCGGCGAGCGUGCGCACGCUCUACGAGGCCGGGGUGACGAUCUGCGCCGGGACGACGGCGAACCUGGUGCCCGGCACACAGAUACCCUUCGGAGAGAGCCUGCACGACGAGUUGGAGCUGCUCGUUGACGCGGGCAUGACGCCGAUGGACGCUCUUCGCUCGGCGACCUGCGUCGCUGCCGCAGCGUUCCGGCUCCACGAUCGCGGCAUCGUCAGGGGCGGUCAGAGAGCCGAUCUGCUGCUCAUCGACGGCGAUCCCUUGGUGGACAUAUCGGCGACGCGCAGGAUUAAGAGGAUUUGGAUUCAGGGCGAGGAUGUUGAGCCCGCGACGACGCAUCGACGGUCAUAA